CGAGACUGUCCACGUGACACAGCAAGAUGGCGACUAUAAUGUAGAAUGGGAUGUGAAUGAUUAUAAAAUAAGUGGAUCUGUUUUGGUGGAAUUUGGAUCUGGUCGUUAAUUGUUCAUCAUCAAAUCUGGUACUCAAGAUGGCCUUAAAUGUCUUUGAUCAUGACGAAUACAGGCCACCUGUGUGGAAGUCCUACUUGUACCAGCUGCAGCAGGAGGCUCCUCACCCACGCAGACUGACCUGUACCUGUGAGGUGGAAAAUCGACCUAAAUAUUAUGGUAGAGAAUACCAUGGGAUGAUCUCCAGAGAGGACGCUGACCUGUUACUCAGUCAGGCUGAAGGCAGCUACCUCAUCAGAGAGAGUCAGAGACAGCCGGGAACAUACACAUUAGCUUUAAGGUUUGGGAACCAGACGAAGAACUUCCGUCUGUACCAUGACGGGAAGCACUUUGUUGGAGAGAAGAGGUUCGAGUCCAUCCACGACCUGGUGACCGACGGCCUCAUCACGCUCUACAUUGAGACAAAGGCUGCAGAGUACAUCGCAAAGAUGACUAUAAACCCCAUCUACGAACACGUGGGCUACACCACCCUCAACCAGGAGCCCACCCUGAAAAAACAUCUGCCUCACAGCCCACAGGUGCCUGACGGACCCGCACCAGCCAAAGAUGACUGCAACACAGAGGAGAGGGAUGAAGGAUCAGAGUUGAGGAACGUGGUGAAAGAACGAGGAGGAGGAUGCGGAGGAGCGAUGGCCUUCAGCCAAGGGCUCUGCACGAGCACCGGUUCAAUCCCCUCCCUGCCCGUCUCCAGUGGCUCCUCAGACACCAGUACACGCUCCAGAGUCCAUCUCAGCCGGGUGCCAACCCCCACCAAACCCUCCUCCCCUGCUUCCACCUUCUGGCAACCAAUCCGAUCUUUUGCCCUUUCCCAGCUCACAUCGCUGGUGCGGCGGGCCACCCUGAGGGAGAGCGACUUGGCGCCGAAGUACGAGAAGGUCCACAACUUCAAGGUUCAUACAUUUCGGGGCCCCCACUGGUGUGAGUACUGUGCCAACUUCAUGUGGGGUCUCAUCGCUCAGGGUGUGAAAUGUGCAGACUGUGGGCUGAACGUUCAUAAGCAGUGCUCCAAAGUCGUACCCAACGAUUGCCAGCCGGACCUUCGACACGUCAAGAAGGUGUACAGCUGUGAUCUCACCACGCUGGUGAAAGCCCACAACACCAAGAGGCCGAUGGUGGUUGACAUGUGCAUACAGGAGAUCGAAGCAAGAGGUGUUCAGUCGGAGGGGUUGUACAGAAUUUCAGGCUUCAGUGAGCUCAUAGAGGAUGUCAAGCUAGCCUUUGACAGAGAUGGAGAAAAAGCAGACAUAUCCUCAAAUGCUUACGAAGACAUCAACAUCAUCACUGGAGCCCUCAAGCUUUACUUCAGAGACCUGCCCAUUCCUCUCAUCACAUAUGAUGCCUACCCACGCUUCAUCGAGACUGCAAAAAUUACAGACGCAGAAAAACGUCUGGAGUCUCUCCAUGAGGCCUUGAAGCUGCUGCCCCCAGCUCACUGCGAGACUCUGCGAUACCUCAUGGCUCACCUGAAAAGGGUCACUGAAUAUGAGAAGGAGAACCUCAUGUCCAGCGAGAACCUCGGCAUCGUCUUCGGCCCGACACUGAUGAGGGCCCCCGAGCUGGAUGCCAUGACAGCGCUCAAUGAUAUCCGUUACCAGAGACUGGUUGUGGAAACGCUCAUCACCAAUGAAGACGUGCUAUUCUAAGAGAAUUCACUGGAAACUAUUCUUCCAAUGAGGAAAAAUCUCAGACGCUUGAAUGCUUUGUAAUCAUGUAAAAAGAUGAAGGAGACAUGCAAAGUAUCUGGGACUUGUAUCUUGCAUGUUUUUAUGUGGACUGGAUAAAAAUGUAGAAAUGAAGAAAAAGACUAUUUGCAAAGAAUGAAGUCUUUAAAAAGUUGAGGAAACUGGAGGAAAUAAGGAGAUGGAAAUGCUGUUUCUUUCAGAUUUUAAGACUUAAAGAUCCCAGAUGUAUAGUGAAAUUUCAAAGCCGAAGCACCUAAAACUCAGAAUCCUGCUUGAUAGAAAUUAAAAAUAAGCUAUGGGAGAAGACUUCUUUCCCUGUGUAUGGUAAACACUGUGGAGUCCAUCUUUUCUUCUUUAAAUGGAUACCUUGACCUUUCUUGCUGAAGACUAAAAUCCACUUUUCUUAAAUAAUCCCAUGGAAAGAAAUUAGUAAAAUAUUUGCUUUCACCUAUUUACAUGUUUUUUAAAAAUGUAGUUAUUGAGUAAUUAACUGCUAUUGGAAACAUUUUGGAGUCGUUUGGCCAAAUGCUUUUUCCACAUAAAUAUGAUCAAAGUUUAUUGCAAGAGAACAUCUUUUCUAUUUUAACAGGAACUUUAAAAUUGCUUUUCCCUAAGGUCAAGAUAUCCAUUUAAUCCUCCUCUGAAGGAGCAGACAGCAGGAUGAAUGAACGAAAGAAACAACCUCACCUAUUGCUUACACUCAUUUCCUCAGAAGUGAGUUGGACCUAUUGUUUUUCUCAUUCCUAUUUCCUUGCUUUUCAGCGCCCUCUGCUGUCCAUCAUGUGAAAUGUAACUGCACAGCAACAUAUUGGCCACCUUUGGCAAUGCAGAGGUGUUUGUUUAGAAUAGCAAACAAAAAUAAUUCCCUUUUCCCUUAAGUUGUAACUUUAUGAUUAAUUUAGUUUGUUUUUCUCAGUUUUCUUGCUAUGUUUUUACCCUUACUGAUGGAUCCCUUUUGUGGUACCUCUCCUGCCUGCUGUGCCUGGGUUUAAAGUUCUGGCAUAAGAUACUUAAAAGGUGGGACUAUAUGCAAAGUAUCUGGUCACUUAAUGCUGUUUCUUCAGUAAACAAAACUGUUCAACAUAAAUGUUAAAAAGCAGAGAACAUGUUUCUAUUAGACAUCCUGUGCAGACAAGACAUGCUGUAUUUGUAUUUGUUUCCAGCACCAUGGCCAGGUGAGGAGGAGAGGAAUGUGUCUUAUAUGUGUUAUUUAUCUUUUGGGUUUCUUCUGUAUAAAGCAGUAUUGUUAUUACUCUGUAUUCAAGCAGUGGUCAGAACUAACUGAGUUCUUUUGACAGCUUGUCUGGCUGCAGUUAAGCAGAUGAGACACCAAUAACUAGUAGACUUGUGUGUUUUUUAGGCAAACGCAGUGGUGGGAAACAGGACACAUCUACAAUAUGAGUUGGCCUCAGAUGGUUGUGUUUAAUCUAACUGUGAAACUCUGGAAACUAACUAUGGUUACAAGUGAAGACAGUUUUUGUUGUGUAACUUUGUUUUCCCCUUUAAUCUCUGCCGUUUAGAGGACAUAUAUGUCUGUGCAAUGUAAUGCCCCUCAGCUGGCAGAUGGUUCCACAUGCUGUAAUGCUUUGAUGACACACCAAUGUGACGAAGUCAGUAUUACUACUAAGAUGAUAUUGAUAAUCAUCAUAUUAUGAAGGAGUGAAUUUGACCCCCGCCUCCCGUUAUGUAAAAGCUAGUGCCAUUUGAUGGGAUUGUUGUAUUGAAAGGAUGCCUUGUUAUUGUCAGCUAAAAACAAACACACAUUAAAUUGCUUCUUUUAUGUAUUUCCACCCCCAUUUUUGUCGGGGGUCACUGAUUAACUUAAGGUUGCGAUGACUGACCCUUUCCUAAGGCAGAAGCAGAACUAGUAGAAAUUAAACACAAACCUUAAACUGGAUGUAACAGGAAAGGAGCAUCAGCAUUUUGCUAACAAACGUCAUGUUUUAGGUAUUCUUGAGUUCUUGUCCUAAACAUUCUUUUAACUUGUAUGAACAGUCAUACUAAUGACAACCUGUUAGCUUUUAGUGACAUCUGAUACUUGCUUCUUAAGCGUCAUUCUUUUUUUUUUCACUGUCAUUGCUGUAAACAUUUUCUAUAAGGAUUAUGCAUGGUGGGAUUAAAUUAUUAAAUAUUGCUUUCAGUUAA